AUGUCUGCCGAUGAAGACGACUACCUCUCUGAUAAAUUUCUCCUUGAUACUCCUUCCACUUCAAAGCCCAGCACUUAUUCGAGUCUUCGUAAGGAAGCACAGAAGAAAGCAUUCCUGAAAAAUGAACAAAACAAGCUCAAGAGCAGGCGACAGCGGGAAUUGGAAUCACGAGAAGAGGGCCUCGGCAAGAGUCUCUUUGAACGUGCAAAGGAGGAAGUGGACGCGGGCCUUAGCUCGGGCAACAAAGCCCUUUCUAUCAUGAUGAAGAUGGGUUUCGAACCUGGCCGCGCUCUCGGAUCCGCAGGUACGAUUGGCGACGCUACGGUCCCUGAUGAGGUGCCUCCCUCGGAGACUCACAGUGCGCCAUCGAACACCGUAAAUGAGGUUCCCCCGUCUCAUGAUCCAACUGAGCCCCUGCCAUUGAACGAAUGGGCAGGGAGGAAGGGUAUCGGACUUGGAAAACGAGCCCGCUCGCCCAACGCGGCUGAGAGACAAACAAAGUUGGCUAAAGCGGAUGAAGAGGCUAGUCACCAUGACUUCCGAGAUCGAGCACGCGAAGAGUACAACGAACGGCAGGCCGAAGCGAGAUUGCUUCCUGCACAACGUUCAUGUGCAACCAUGGACGAAAAAGUUGGAAGAACAUACCAUGCACUGUGGUUGAACCUCAGCAACCCCAAUACUUUCCCACCUGGAUUGAUUGACGCUCUUUCUCUGCAUGGCGGCAUUAUUGUACCCACCGAACCCCAUGGGGAUUCUAUCCAAAGUCGACUCCGCAGGCAAAUGCAAGCUGAAUCUCUUCAACCUCUUGACGCCGAUGAUGAUACACCAACCGCCAAGCCUGCAAUCUCCGCAGUGGAUCAAUUCUCUCCUCAGUGCCUUGAAGAAGCUGCGCAAUUUUUACGUCUCCAGGCACAGGAUCGCCUUGUUCUGGUCCUGUCAUACCUACGGAAAACACAUUUUUACUGCUUUUGGUGCGGUGUCAAAUACGAAAACGAAGAGGAAAUGGAGAGUCAGUGCCCCGGCCCAGAUGAGGACGUUCACGAGUGA